AUGGAGGACCGCAAGAGCGAAGCUACUUUCAAUCGCGAGCCCGAGAUUCACUGUUUGUUCGAGCAUACAACACGGACAUGGCAAUACAUAGUCGCGUGUCCGUCCACACAUCGUGCGGUAAUCAUUGAUCCGGUUCUGGACCAUAACCCGAAGAAAGACGGCAUCUCCACCGUAGCGGCAGACAACAUUGUUAAGCUCGUCCAACACUACGGCUACAUCAUUGAGCGAAUACUGGAGACGCAUUCGCAUGCUUCCGCCGCAUCAGCUGUCUGGUACCUUCGAAGUCAGCUAAGAGACAUGGGCCAUGAGCCUCGGAUCGCGAUUGGACGGAGUACGGAAGGUAUACGACGCCUCUUCCAGCGGAAGUAUGGCAUGUACGAUCCCGGAUUUACCGGUGCAUUCGAUGGUAGCUUCUCGGAUGCAGAUUCCUUUCGGAUCGGCGAACUCACGAUGCAUUGCAUGCAGUUGCCCGGCCAUACGCCAGAUCAAAUCGGCUUCAUGUGUGGGCGUAGCGUCUUCGCUGGCGGUGCGAUCCCCAAUAUUGACGCAGCAGGUUCGAGACCGGAAGCUGUACCCUGCACGGAAUCUGCUAAACAGCAGUAUAUCGCCUCGGCUGAAAGGUUGUUGAGUCUCCCUCUAGACUUUCGGAUCUACAAGGGCCACGACGAGCUUGAGCUUCCCGUCGGAUCACCUUCUGGCGAGCAGGACAACGUUGUGCUGACUCCGUUCGCGACUGUACAGCAGUAUCGGGAGAGAGGUGUGAGAGGUGUGAUGGGCGCCGCAGACGCGAAUGUUGUUAUGAGCGGCGUGCAGAGACCACGGGAUCGAGGCCGAACCCUCUCCUUCAACAUCAAGUCGGCUCGUAGGGCGGCGUACAUUGCUCCCAUAGCCGAGCUGAGCGUGGAAUAG